AGCAGUUACAGGGUCAUCCGCAGAGCACGCGACAUCUUCGGAGCACCUUGCGGAUGUUUUAAGCGGCUUUAUUUCUAGCAGCGGCUAGAUCUGCAGACUUUGUUUGGAAAGUGUGUGUUGCUCCCGUAGAACAGGUGAGCGAGCGGACUACACACACACACACACACACACACAGCUUGAAUGGGUCUCGAAGAAGGACACAUCUACGCCAAGAAAGCGAGUUUCCAAGAAACUUGAAGCACGGAGCACCCCGCGGACUAUCUCAGAGAAUCCAGAACUGGGUUGAAAUCCUUACAUCUGUCUCACUGAGUGAUUCGCAGGACUUCCAGAAUACAUCGCCCGCUUUUUACAGGCUAGUGCUUUCGCGCAAGAAGUUGCCUUGUCGGUCCAAAUUUGUUUUAAAUGUUCGGGAGUCAAGCUCACCCGACAAGAAACGACAUCAGUGGGAAAGCGGGAAGUUUUGAAGAGGAGAUGGAUCCUGUUCGUUCUUGGGUGCGGAAUGUCGGCGUUAUUGACGCAAACAUAGCGGCGCAGAGUGGAUUGGCCUUAUCCCGUGCUCACUUUGAAAAGCAGCCUCCCUCCAAUCUCAGAAAGUCCAACUUCUUCCAUUUUGUCCUGGCGCUCUAUGACCGCAACGGACAGCCUGUGGAAGUGGAGAGGACAGCGUUCGUUGACUUUGUGGAGCAGGAUAAGACAGGGGAAAAGACCAAUAAUGGAACUCACUACAAACUCCAGCUCCUCUACAGUAAUGGUGUUCGCACAGAACAAGACCUUUAUGCACGUCUCAUUGAUUCCGUCACUAAACAGCCUAUAUCGUAUGAGGGACAGAACAAGAAUCCCGAGAUGUGCCGUGUUCUGCUAACUCACGAGGUCAUGUGCAGUCGCUGCUGUGAGAAAAAAAGCUGCGGCAAUCGUAAUGAGACACCAUCUGACCCUGUCAUCAUUGACAGAUUUUUCUUGAAGUUUUUCCUAAAGUGCAAUCAAAAUUGCCUGAAGACAGCAGGGAAUCCCCGAGACAUGAGGAGAUUUCAGGUGGUUUUGUCAACUACAGUCAGUGUGGAUGGACCUGUGCUAGCAAUUUCUGAUAAUAUGUUUGUGCACAACAACUCUAAACAUGGACGUCGCUCUCGUAGAACGGAUUCUAAUGAGACGGUGGAGAAUAGCAUGGAAUACGCUACUCCCUGCAUUAAAGCCAUCAGCCCCAGUGAAGGUUGGACUACAGGCGGGGCUAUGGUAAUUGUGAUUGGAGAAAACUUCUUUGACGGUCUGCAGGUGGUGUUCGGGAGCAUGCUCGUGUGGAGCGAGUUAAUCACUCCUCAUGCUAUCCGAGUUCAAACUCCUCCUCGACACAUACCAGGGGUUGUAGAAGUUACGCUGUCUUACAAAUCCAAGCAGUUCUGCAAAGGAGCUCCAGGACGCUUUAUUUAUACAGCGCUGAAUGAGCCAACUAUUGACUAUGGUUUCCAAAGACUUCAAAAGCUGAUCCCUCGACAUCCUGGUGACCCCGACAAAUUGGCAAAGGAAAUGUUACUCAAAAGAGCAGCAGACGUUGUUGAAUCACUCUAUGGAAAUGCCACCAGCAAUCAGGACAUGUUGCUGAAACGGGCGGCAGACAUAGCUGAGGCUCUGUACAGCGUGCCACGACCUCACAGUCAGCUGCAGGCCAUGCCAAGUUCUCCCGUCCAUGGCAGCGUCAUGGGCCUCAGCUCUUAUCCCACCCAGCUGGGUGUAAGCAUUGGAGAACCUGGGCAAACCAGCAGCCAAGGUUACAACCGAAACCCAAGCAGUUUGUCACCGCGGGGCUACCCUUCAGCAUCAACCCCUCAACAGUCAGGUUAUGGAUCCAAUGGAGGCAUGAGUGCGAGUUACGGAGCCGUGCCCAUGAGUAGUCUGGGUGUUUCAGGGUCACCUGGCUUUAACAGUGCCUCACCAAACAGCUCUCCUUAUGCUAUCAUGCCGUCUAGCCCCACCGUGCCUGGUUCCAGUUCUUCAUCCUCCCUUUUGCCUUUUACGUCUUUCCCAUCCUCGAACAAACAAAAAAGUGCCUUUGCUCCUGUCCUGAGACCGCAGGGUUCACCAUCACCUGUUUGCCAGACCUCGGGAGGCUCUAGCUUUAGAGGUACUAGAGAUCUUCUUUCUUUUGAUCGAGGUUCUGUAAGCCCUUGGUAGCACAUUACAAAUCAUACUUUAUUUGUUCAACUUUCCAAAAUGACAUGGCAUUAUUUUUGGAUACUGUGCUAAUUAAAGGAAUAGUCAACCCAAAAUGUAAAAAUGUACUUGCCGUCAGAAUUAGUUCCUUGUAGAACAGAUUCUGAGAAUUUCACAUCACUUGCUCAACAGUGGAUCAACUGCGGUGAAUGGGUGCCGUUAGAAAGAGAGUCCAAAAUUAAAACAUCACACAAAUCCAGACAGGCAUAGUGAAAUAACUGUUUACUCAAUGAUCUGAUAUAGCUAUAUGUUACCGUUAUAACCUCUUUUUCUUCAUCAUUUCCAGCAAUGACAGGCCUUGUGGUUCCCCCAAUGUAGAGGAUUUUUCAUUCAUAAGCUCUGCAGUUAGUGGCUAAAACUGGACUGACACCAAUGUUGUCUCUCACAAGCCACAAUGAGUGAAAAAGAUCUUCUGAUGAUGACCCAUCAAGAUUAUUAGAGACCACAACGACAUCUUCAGAAGAUUUUGGGAACCUUCUUAAAACAUGUCCGCUCUAUGCACACCGUUUGCCUCUGAUUGCGAGGAGGUUGCCAAAGGGAUGGUGUUACUUAAAGGUUCUUCCAGCCACAAAAUGCCAAAAGAGGAAUAAUUUUAUCGGAAAACAUAAGACUCGAGACUGUUACACAUUUCUGGCCAUAUGUUCUUGACAGACACGUUGGUCAAUAGACUUUCACCGCAGUAGAUGCCAGUA